AUGGACGUGGUGGCAAGUUGCGAGCAAUGGAAUCGCCACGACACCAUUCGCGCCAUUGAAUCGUGCAGGAGCUUAACAAGGGCUCUCGGCAUCCACAGCCGCAUCCCCAGAGAUGCCACUGACGUGUUCAUCAGCAACAAGCUCGUGGACAUGUAUGGCAAAUGUGCCGGCGGGAUCGCCCAUGCCAGGGCGGUCUUUGAUUCCAUGCCCGCCAGAGAUUCCUACUCUUGGGUCUCGAUGCUCUCGGCAUAUGCCCGUUCUGGGAAUCUGGAUCUUGCCAAGUCCGUGUUUGAUUCCAUGCCGGAUCUCAACACUGUUGCUCACAAUUCCAUGCUUGCUGCUUACUUACAUAGUGGAGAUCUUGAUAGUGCAAAGAAAUUCUUCGAUUCAAUGCCAAGAAAGGAUGUGGUUUCUUGGACGACUAUUCUUGCAGCACAUGCCCAAUCAGGGGAUGUUUUUCAGACAAAGGUUUUAUUUGACUCAAUGCCCUUCCACGAUCUAGUCGCUAUGAACGCAAUGCUAAGCUCAUACACACUAAAUUCUCGAAUGCAUGAGGCUGAAAUAUUUUUCUCAAAAAUGCCCGAAAAAGAUUUAAUCUCGUGGAAUGCACUUGCGACUGGGUUUGCCCAGACCCGGCAAAUUGACCGAGCUAGUCGGAUCUUUGAAUCGCUGCCUCUCUUGGACCUCGUCUCUUUUAAUUCCAUGCUAUCGUCACUUGCCCAGGGCGGAAAUUUGGAGCGCGCAGAAGUUUUUCUUGCACGAGUUCCAGAGUUGUGUUUGAUCUCCUGCAAUGCUAUGGUUGCGGCAUAUGCCCAGUUCGGGCAUCAAGAAGAAUCAAAGAAGUUUUUUGAUUCAAUGCUACAGAGGGAUCUUAUCUCGUGGAAUGCCCUUCUUGGAGCAUACACUGAAGCUGGUCAUUUAACUCAGGCUACUCGAGUUUACAGUUUAAUGCCACAGCACGACCUCAUUUCGUGGACGGCCAUGAUUGAGGCAUAUGCCCACAAUGGGCAUAUGGACAGGGCUAGGGCGCUGUACGACUCUAUGCCGCAGCGGGACAUGGUGUCGGCCACUGCCAUGGUGGCAUUGUACGGACAAGCUGGAUAUCUGAAAGAUUCUGUCGCUGUUUUUGAAAGUAUGCCCAGCCAUGACUUAUUCUCGUCAAAUGCGAUGCUCUCGGCCUAUGCCCAGAACGAGCAUAUGAAGGAGGCGAAGCUCAUCUUUGAGAAGAUUCCAUAUCCCGAUAUGGUAUCUUUUAAUUCUAUGGUUUCUGGUCUUGCGCAGAAUGGCCAUCUUGAAGAGGCGAAACAGCUUUUCGAAUGUAUGGAGUUUCGGGAUUUGGUUACUUGGAAUGCUAUGCUCGCAGCAAAUGCCCAACGAAGCUACUUGCCAGAAACUUUGGGUCUUUUUAAUGCAAUGCCCGAGAGAGACCUGUACACUCUCACGUCGAUGGUGGCGGCGUUUUCUCUCGAUGGACAGGUUCACAAGGCCUUUUACGUGUUCUUUGAGAUUCCACACAAGGACAUCCACUGCUGGAAUACGAUGCUAUAUGCGUACGCUCAAAACGGGCAAACAGCCCGAGCAAGAAAGCUCUUAGAGACAAUGCCCAGUCCGUGUGUGUCUCCUGGACGAUCAUGUUGA